UAUUUUGAAAAAUAUAAUAUUUUUUAUUUAGAUGAAUCCAAUGAAGCUAGAUUUGAACAAUAAAAAAUUCCAUUAGUUAUUAGUAUUUAUGGUUUUAAUUACUUUUAAUAACUGAACUAGAAUGGAAGGUACGUUAAGCAAAUGGACAAAUGUUGUUAAAGGAUGGCAGUAUCGUUGGUGUGUACUUGAUGACAUCUCAGGGACACUAUCAUAUUAUACGUCUCGGGAAAAAAUGGUACGUGGUGUACGCCGUGGUUGUGUUCGUUUGAAAGGAGCUAUGAUUGGCAUUGAUGAUGAAGAUAAUCUUACGUUUACUGUAACUGUAGAUGGUAAAACAUUCCAUUUUCAAGCAAGGACUCGUGCUGACCGAGAGCUUUGGAUACGCGCUUUAGAAGAUACCAUACAAAAACAGUUGUAUGGAUAUAGAGUUAAUCAAAUACAGGUUAAUAAUGAUGCUGUCGUACCUACUUUGGAAAGUUUUGAUAAGAAAUUAGGAGAAGCUGAUGCUUAUUUACAGCUUCUCAUUGAACAAACUAAGAAUUUAGAAGUAAAAAUGAAUUCAAUGUGUGAGGAAGACAAAGCACAUUGUGAAUGUAUUAUUUCAGAAACUAAUAAAUUAAUGGACCAAGUAAAGCAUUCAAUUGUGAUGUUACAAAUAGCUAAGAAUACCGCAUUCCCCGUAAAUGGAUCAUAUAGAACAACAUCUGUUUCCACAGAUUAUGAUUUCCCUAGUUUAGAAGGAGAUACGGGUAGUAUAGAAUAUGGCGCUGAAUGUGAAGAACGUCCUAGAAGAGACUCUCAACCAAUGGAUAAUGAUAUUCCAGAUGUCUCUUAUUCUUCGUCUGAAGACGAUUUUUAUGAUGCUUAUGAAGACGAAGAAGAGUGGUCAAAACCUAGUCAAACUGAACCAGUGCCUGCAAUGCGACGAAAAUACAAGAACCGAAUACUUGUUGGUGGAAGUGAACCAGUUCUAGAAAAUACUGGAAAUUUGACUCAGUCUGGAUCUUCAGAUUUAAAUCAAAUAUCUAUUGAUUCUACCGAUCGGAACGUUGCAAAUAUGUCAAAAAAAAAGGAUAGUUACAGCAAAGACAAUAUAAUUGUACCUACUUAUUCAGAUGGCUCUAUAAAUUAUGAUGCUAUUUACGAAGAUCAAGAUGAAUCUGAUGUAACUAUGCAGGGUUCAGUUGUUACACAUCUCAUAUCUCAAGUGAAAAUUGGUAUGGAUUUAACAAAAGUUGCUUUACCAACAUUCAUUUUAGAAAAACGUUCAUUAUUAGAAAUGUAUGCUGAUUAUUUAGCUCAUCCUGAUUUAUUUCUUAAAGCAAAUGACUUGGAAACACCUGAAGAAAGAAUGGUUCAAAUAGUACGUUGGUAUUUAUCUUCAUAUCAUGCUGGUCGAAAUUCUGCUGUUGCAAAAAAACCCUAUAAUCCAAUACUUGGUGAAAUAUUUCGUUGUCAUUGGGAUGUACCUGGAGUUACUACAGGAGAGCCAGAAUUGUCAAAUGAUAUUACAGCUCAAAAUAAUUCAGAAGCAGCUGUACUUAAUCAAGAAGAAAACCCUUUACCUUGGACUGAUCCUGAUCAAUUGAUAUUCCUUGCAGAACAAGUUUCUCAUCACCCCCCUAUAUCUGCAUUUUAUGCUGAGCACAAGAAAAAAAAAGUAACUCUUUGUGCAAGUGUGUGGACUAAAUCUAAGUUUCUUGGCUUAUCUGUUGCUGUUCACCAUGUGGGACAAGGUAUUGUAAGAUUAUUAAAACAUAAAGAAGAAUACAUUUCAACAUUCCCAAGUGGUUAUGGCAGAUCAAUAUUAACUGUGCCAUGGAUUGAGCUAGGUGGGUCUGUAACUAUAACAUGUCCACAAACAGGUUACCACUGUGAUAUAGAAUUCCAUACUAAACCAUUCUAUGGUGGAAAGAAACACCGCAUUACUGCAGAAGUAUUCGGACCUAAGACAAAAAAGCCUUUUCUAACUAUUUCUGGUGAAUGGAAUGGUUCUAUGGAAGCUAAAUGGGCUGAUGGUAGAACUGAAAUGUUUGUUGACACUAAAGCAAUUGAAGUAAUUAAAAAGAGAGUUCGUAAAGUCGCUGAACAAGAUACUAAUGAAUCUAGAUACAUUUGGAAAAAAGUUACAUUAGGUCUCAAAGUUGAUAAUGUUGAUCAAGCUAGUCAAGCUAAAGCUGAAAUCGAACAAAAACAGAGAAAUGAAGCUGAAGUUCGAAAAGAAAAUAAUGAAGUUUGGAUUCCACGAUGGUUUGUGCAAAAUGGAGAAAAUUGGGAAUACAAAUCUCCAUUAGAAAAACAAUUAGGCGUGACAUUUGAAUCAAUGCCAUCAUGACAACCCUAAUAAUUUGCAUUAAAAUAAAAUCCUAAUUAUGUAUAAAUAUACACGUUUAAUGUAUAUUCAUCAUCUAAGUAUUCAAAAUAUAUUUGUUUAUAUAUUUAAAGAUGUUUUGGCGCAAUAUCAAUAACUAUAUUUUUAUUCCCAAUAUAUUUUUAUUCGGUGACUUAAAGAAAAUUGGUGAAUAGUCACAAUUUUGUUACAAUCAAAAAAAAAUUAUCGUAGUGUUUUAUGUAUAUAUAUCUUAUAGAAAAUUAUGUCAUUAUUGUUGUUACCAGAGUUAUUAUUUGUAUUCACUUUGUAUGUGAAUCAGUCACAAAUACAAUUUAUUAGCUUACU